AUGAAGUCUGUUACUGUCAUGGGAGUAUUUGCGGCCGUCGCCACCGCAUACUCGCACCAUCAGCCGAGGCACCCUCACCUCAACUUCCGCAACUUCAAGCGCCAGAACACUACUUCUCCCACCAGUGUCGCCGGUGUUCAGUUGACCACCCUCACGGUCAAGGAGACAGCCGUCCGAACCGUCAUCUCCUGCGCUCCCACUAUUACCAACUGCCCUGCUGCCAACCAGACUGCUGCCAUCUCGGCCCUGCCGCCUGAUGCUGUCUCGACCGUUAUUGUGACCGACUCUAUCAUCUCCACCACCGUCGUCUGCCCCGUGACCGAGGCCGAGCAGGUCUCCAAGAGCGUUGCCAGCAAGAUGAAGCACAGCGUCACAUCUGCCGCCGCCGCCGCCACCUCGGCUGCCGCCACGACCAAGGCUUCAUCUGCCGCUCCUGUUGCCACUCCUGCUGUGAGCAAGAACGGUACCGCUCCUGCUACCACCGCCGCUGCCGCUGCUACCCAGUCGUCGGCCGUUCUCCCCGUCUCCGCCUCCGCUACGCGCAACGCUACCCUCCCCUUUGCCAACUCAACCACGCCAGCUGCCACUGCCCCUGGCGCUCAGUUGACCACGCUUACCGUUAAGCAGACUUCGGUCCGCACCGUGAUCUCUUGUGCGCCUACCAUCACCAACUGCCCGGCUGCCGGCGAGACUGCCGCCAUCUCGGCCCUGCCUCCGGGAGCCGUGUCGACCGUCCUUGUCACCGAGGUCGUUACCAUCGGCACCACCAUCUGCCCCGUGUCUGAGGCUUCCAAGGCUUCCACUUCCCUGGUUGCCGAGGCUUCCAAGGCCAAGACCACCGGUCCUGCUAUGACUGCCCCUGCCGGUGCCCAGGUUACCACCAUUACCACCGAGCACGUCGUCACCGUCACCUCGAUGCGUGUUGUCACCGUUACCCAGGCUGGUGGUCAGGGCGGAGCCGGUGGCGUCAUCGUCAGCACCAUCCCUGAGGUCGUCACGUCCACUUCCAAGGAGAUCCUGACUUCGUCCGUUCUCCCCGUCGCCGGUACCCCUGACAACGGCAAUGGUAACCAGGGCGGUGAGAUGACCACCACCAUGACCAACACCCUGUUUGGUACCCGCACAGUUGUUAUUCAGAAGCCCAAGCAGACUGCUCCCGCAGCUGGUGGAUCUUCCAGCGGCGGCUCUGGCUCCAGCAACGGUGGCUCUUCCAACAAUGGCAACUCGGGCUCCGGCAUGGGUGGCGGAAGCCAAUGCGAGUGCGUCCCCGUCACUGUCACCGCUGCCGCCGUCACCGUCACUGUGACUGCUCCGGCCGCUGCCGCCACGCCUGUCAACAACGGCGGUAUGACCUCGGGAAGCGGCUCUAGCUCCCCUGCACCUGUCAACAACGCCGACCAGGGCUCAAACAAGGGUGGCGCCACGUCUCCUCAGACCUCGGCCGAGGAGGAGUCGUGCGAUGCUGAUAACUUGGAGGAUGAUGACGAGGAGGAAGACAAGCCUGCCGCUACCACCACUUCGGUUUCGGUGGCUGCGGCUGCCAGCACUGGUGUCCUGCCCAAGGCCACCGGCGCCUCUCAGAACGGAACGUUCACCACCAAGAGCCCAAAGAAGGCCAAGUCGUCUUCCCACAACUCCCCCAUGCUCUUCUAA